CACACACAACCCCCAGCACACACACUCACAAACACGUCUGCGUCAUGCGUCCUGAGAGCGACGGCACGAACGCGGUAACUCCGAUGGACCCUGGUAAAACGCACAGCAGCAGCAGCAGUCUGAGGGGCUGACUGUGUCCUGCUUAUCUGUCCAGCGUGUCCCCCCACUGCUCUGGGAAAGUUGCGCUCUGAGUGUGGUCGCAUUAUGGAUUUUAUAACAACAAGCAGCAACGACAGCAACGCGACCGGCGGUUACCCUAAAGGGGUGGACGUGGUCGCCGACUGGGACGGGGGUGAGAAUGGCACGGGGUCUGGGGCUCUGCCAGAUGUGAAGCUGAGUUACCAGAUUAUCACUUCUCUGCUCUUGGGGGCCCUCAUCUUUUGCUCCAUAUUUGGCAACGCGUGCGUCGUGGCAGCCAUCGCCCUGGAGAGAUCUCUCCAGAAUGUAGCUAACUAUCUAAUUGGAUCCUUAGCCGUGACAGAUCUCAUGGUAUCGGUGCUGGUUCUGCCAAUGGCGGCCCUCUACCAGGUUUUGAACAAGUGGACACUGGGGCAGGAAAUCUGUGACUUAUUCAUCUCACUGGAUGUACUGUGUUGCACAUCAUCCAUCCUGCAUCUGUGCGCAAUUGCCUUGGACAGGUACUGGGCCAUAACAGACCCCAUUGACUAUGUAAAUAAACGGACACCAAGGCGAGCUGCGAUCUUGAUAAGCGUGACUUGGCUAAUUGGUUUCUCCAUCUCUAUUCCACCUAUGUUAGGCUGGAGAAGCGCCGAAGACAGGGCGGACCCCAACAACUGCAUCAUCAGCCAGGACCCGGGCUACACCAUCUACUCCACAUUUGGGGCUUUUUAUAUCCCUCUCAUCCUCAUGUUGGUCCUGUACGGGCGAAUAUUCAAGGCUGCUCGGUUCCGGAUUCGGAAGACGGUUAAGAAAACCGAGAAAGCAAAAGUGUCAGAUAAGUGUUUGACUGUGUCGCCGGCCAUCUUCCACAAGAAAACCAACGGGGAAGCCGGGGGCAAAGGCUGGAGGCGCGGCGACGAGUCCAAACCCAGCUCUCCGUGCGUAAAUGGCGCGGUGAAACAUGGAGAGGAGGGUGAGUCGCUUGAGAUCAUAGAAGUUAUCAGCAACUCAAAGACGCACCUGCCUCUGCCCAACACCCCUCAGUCCUCCUCGCAGGGCUACGAAAACAUGAAUGAAAAAAACUCCGGGGCGAAGAGAAAGAUCGCGCUGGCCAGAGAGCGUAAAACGGUGAAAACACUUGGGAUCAUCAUGGGAACUUUCAUCUUCUGCUGGCUGCCCUUUUUCAUCGUCGCACUUGUGCUGCCUUUCUGUGCAGAGAGCUGCUACAUGCCCGACUGGCUGGGCGCAGUGAUAAACUGGCUGGGCUACUCCAACUCUCUCCUCAACCCCAUCAUAUAUGCCUACUUCAACAAAGACUUCCAAAGUGCAUUCAAGAAGAUCAUAAGAUGCAAAUUCUAACAGACCGUAACCACACAGUGGAGACAUUUGUGUUGGAGUGGAGUAAAUGAAGGGACAGCUGGAAAUGUUCACUGAUUGUAAACAGACUUUCAUUCAGGGACAGUUUCUUUUCGGUGUGUGUUCGAGGACCGUGUAAAAAGCCGGGCAUUGAUGAA